AUGGACAGCCCCAGCAAUAGCACCAUACCCUGUGGCUUUCUCCUUCAAGGCUUCUUCGAGUUCCCGCAACUGAGGCCCCUUCUCUUCCUGGUGCUGCUGGCUGUGCACCUGGCCACUCUGAGCGGCAACCUGCUCAUCCUGGUGGCUGUGGUCUCGGUGCCCAGCAGGCCACCCAUGCUGCUCUUCCUUUGCCAGCUGUCUGCCAUUGAACUCUGCUACACGCUAGUGGUGGUGCCCCGCUCUCUAGCCGACUUGAGCGUACCUGGCCAUGGCAGGGGCAGCCCCAUCUCCUUCCUGGGCUGCGCUGUCCAGAUGCAGAUGUUUGUGGCGCUGGGCGGGGCUGAGUGCUUCUUGUUGGCAGCCAUGGCCUAUGAUCGCUACGUGGCCAUCUGCCACCCACUGCGCUAUGCAUCUAUAGUGACCCCGGGUCUCUGUGCACGACUGGCCCUGGCUUGCUGCCUCGGGGGACUAGCAGUGUCGGUGGGGCUAACAGUGGCAGUCUUCCACCUGCCUUUCUGUGGCUCCUGCCUGCUGGUGCAUUUCUUCUGCGACAUCACUGCACUACUGCACCUGGCCUGCACACGGAGCUACGUAGAUGAACUGCCCUUACUAGGAGCCUGCCUGGUGCUGCUGCUGUUGCCCUCAAUGCUCAUUCUGACCUCCUAUGGGGCCAUUGCCUCUGCCCUGCGCCGCCUGCAUGGUGGUGGAGGCAGACGCAAGGCUGCAUCCACCUGUGCCUCGCACCUGGCUGUCACCUUCCUGCAUUAUGGCUGUGCCACCUUCAUGUAUGUGCGGCCCAAGUCCAGUUACUCCCCGCGACUGGAUCGGACACUAGCGCUGGUUUAUACCAACAUCACACCGCUUCUAUAUCCCCUGAUCUACAGCCUGAGAAACCGGGAGAUCACCUCUGCCAUUCACAGGGUCUUGGGGCUCCGUGGAUCGGGGUCUGUGUGAGCCCUGGUAACAGCCAAGACAGAGUGGGCAGCCCCAUUUGCUCAAGUGUCCCCUAGCAUUUGGUGUCUGUAGCUCGAAAGACACCUGGGAACUUAGGGGUGAGAUUCAGGAAGGAGAACUUAAAAACUGCACAAGAAGAGAAAUACCAGGUGGCCAUGUCCUUCAUUCCUCCCAGGAGGAAUAUCAGGAAGUGGAGUAGAGAGGUCUGGA